GUCCAUCACAAACGGGCCGUAAAGUCGGCAUAAUUAUGUAGUUUUGUGUUACGAGCUAAAAUAGGUGAAAAUGCAUUAGGUUUGGUAAAAUGGGAUUUUUGUGUAUAUGAAAUGAUCAGUUAAUAAACUUACAUUAUACGAGGUUUCAUGGCAAUCUGAUUUCUCUAAAUACAUAAUUUAAGCAUUUUAUUUUGAGUAUGUAUCCAAGAAAUGAUGCUAGCUCUCCGAAAACCCAUCUUAGAGAUCGGAAAAUCGGAGAAAUCAUCGCUGUUUUCACAUGCUUGUAUCUUCCAUUGUGAAUGGCUUUUGACCUGGCUUUGACGUCAGAUCUGCCUAGUAUAUACAUAUAAAUGUUUCUGAUUGGUUAAUCUUUGGUUCUCUCUUGAAAUAUUCAUUUUCUGACCAAUAAAGGAUAGUGUAUCUCGUGAAUUUCUUAUGUAAAUUCUGUAAACAAUGGUUGUCAAGCUUGUAUCAAGCCUUCUCAUUGGUCGAGAGGCCGAAAAAAUUAGUCUCUUCAUGAUCCAGACUACUAAAGCAUGCAGAGCAACGUGCGUGACAGCGAUGUAAACACAAGCGUCAUGUCUUCCGAGUCAGCUGCUUCACGUAUUGCCGAUGCAAUUAAUGAUGCGAAAUGCCUUCGUUUAUCGGAAAAUGAUCAAGUAUUAUUAUCAAAUAUGAUACAAGAUUAUUUUGAUGAUCCGAUUGAAGAUGAAAACGACACCGAUACUGAGGAUGAGGAUGAACAAUCCAGUAAUGAAAGUGACGACGAUGCUGGCCAAGCCGAAGAUGGUGAUGACAAUGUUGACGACGAUGAUCACCCUGAUGUAAAUAUCCAAGAUGAAAUUUGGGAGGAGGAAGGGGAUGAAAGCUAUAUGGUUGGUGAUCUUGCGGGGGAUAAUUUUUUGAGAAAUAGUGGUUUCAACUGCAGUAUGUCAGAAAGUGAUGAGAAGGAAAUGGAAAACAUUCGAACAAAGAAGUGUAGGUGUCGGAAACCAUACGCAGGAAUGGGUUGCAGCCAUAAAUUUUUGGAUGAGUGGAUUUUCCAGGUACGGUGCCAAAUAAACGCAUUAACUCCAGACCAGAAGUGCAUGUUCCUACUAGGAAAGAUUUCUAGUGGUGGAGUCCGGACAUCUGAAUUAACAGAAUCUUCAAAGAAAAUUAACAAAAACCGGAAACGUGGACGUACAAGUAUUGGCUACUUUGUUGAUGGAUUGAAAGUGUGCAGAGAUGUAUUCUGUUUUAUUCAUAUGAUGAGUGAUAAAACAUUGACAGCAUUAGUCAAGCAUUACCUAUCGAAUGGUAUUGAGUUGAAAACAAAGAGGUCUGGUGGUUGCGGAAAUAACACUAGAAAGUUCAGCGGAGAGGACCACAAACGUGCUGUGGAGUUUAUCACAGGCUAUGCUGAAGUCCAUGCUCUCGUAAUACCUGGCCGUGUUCCUGGGUUUAAAAGUGCUGACCCCCGAACAAGACUUUUGCCAUGCAAUGUCACCAAAGCAAAGGUUUGGAGGCUUUACAAAAAGGCGUUACAAGAAAUGACAAGCCCAGAUGGGAAAGAGUAUCAUGUUUUGGGGAGAUCAUCAUUCUAUAAUUCGUGGAAUGCCUACUGCCCCUAUGUUCGUACGACAAAGCCACGUACAGAUUUAUGCUGGACCUGCCAAAAAAACAACCGCAAGGUCUACCAGUCAGCGAAUCAAACACUUGCUGAGAAACAACAACUUCUUAAAGAUCAAGAGGAGCAUCUGCGGGUUGUGCAGCAGGAAAGGAAGCUAUACCAAUUGGAGUCGGCCGAUGCAAAAGUAUCUGUUGAUCAGGAUCCUGCAGACCUUGGAAAACAUGACCAAUGCUCUCGCCAAGGUGCAAUGCACUACAGUUUUGAUUAUGCCCAACAGGUGUUUUUCCCCAACGACCCGGAGCAGCCUGGCCCAACAUUUUUUCUGACUGCUCGCAAAUGUGGUGUAUUCGGCGUGCACUGUGAGGGUGUCACUAAGCAGGUGAACUUUUUGAUCGAUGAGAGUGUGACCACUGGUAAGGGCUCCAACUCAGUUGUGUCCUUCAUGGAUCAUUAUUUUGACCACUACGGUUUAGGAUAACAGCAUCUUCUUCUCCAUUGUGAUAAUUGUAGUGGUCAAAAUAAAAAUCGUAUAAUGAUGGCGUACUUGUGUUGGAGAACACUGCAUGGUUUACACAAGCGGAUUGGCAUUAAAUUUCUGGUAGCAGGCCACACUAAGUUUGCCCCAGACUGGUGCUUUGGACUGUUUAAGCAACAGUAUCGUACCUCGCAUGUUUCAUGCUUAAAUGAUAUUGCUGACUGCUGUAGAAGGGCAACAACAGCUGAAGUAAAUGUACCUCAGCUUGUGGGAAAUGAGGCAGGAGUGGUCUAUGUACCUACUAGGGACUGGAAGUCAUUCCUGACACAAUUUUUUAAAGCUGUACCAAACAUAAAGUCAUCGCAUUGCUUUAGAUUUGACUGCGAAAACCCUGGAGUAAUAUUUAUGAAGAAAUUUUCUGAUUCAGAGGAGAUCGCUUUCCAACUGUUAAAGAAUGGCCAUGACUUGCCUCCUGCCGAAUAUCCACCUGUGAUAACGCCACCUGGAUUAUCGACUAAACGAAAACAUUAUCUAUUCAAUGAAAUACGGCAAUAUUGUGCUCAAGAUGGAAGGCAAGAUGUUACAUGCCCAGUGCCAGAUGAAGGUGUGUCAUCAUCUGAAGAUGAUAUGUAAAAAAUAAGAAUAGAACAACCCGCAAAGUGCACGUCUGCAUAGCGCGCUUGCCGCUUUAGCUGCGCUUUUACAAGUCGCACGAAGCGCGGAAAACACAUUAUUGAUAGUGUGGAUGAAUGCAGUACUGUAAAUAAAUACUUUGAAUUAUA